UCUGCUGCUGGUAGCAUUGGUAGUCGACACGACGCGUUGCCCCACAACAUAACCUUUUUCAAUGAAACCGAGUUAACGCUCUACCUAUUUCUGAUUUCUUCUUUGACAGUAUUCCAUAAACAUCGUUGAGAAUAUGGCUGCACCUUUGGGAAAUCUUGAAUCUCAGCUAGAAUUAUUCAUUGAAAAUGUUCGUCAAAUACGUAUAAUUGUUAGUGAUUUUCAACCUCAGGGACAGAAUGUUUUGAAUCAGAAAAUACAAGGACUGGUGACAGGCUUACAAGAGAUUGAUAAACUGAAAUCACAAGUGCAAGAUAUUCAUGUGCCUCUGGAAGUUUUUGAUUACAUUGAUCAAGGAAAAAAUCCACAAUUGUACACUAAAGACUGCAUCGAUAAGGCUUUAACCAAAAAUGAAGAAGUCAAAGGAAAGAUUGACGCCUACAGAAAGUUCAAGGGUAACAUGCUGAGUGAAUUGAACCGCACUUUUCCUAAUGAACUAGCCAAAUACAGAGCAAUACGGGGUGAUGAAUAAUCAUCUCGCGUGAUUGUGAGAGCCCUGGGCAUCUUGGCAGGGCUAUUGAACUUUUCGGCGCGGAUCCAAGGGUACUGUUUUUACCGCCGAGA